CAAGUCCAAUCCAUUGCGCAAUCGCUACACCUUGUAGUCGAUCUGUCACAAUGGUUUUCGAAAAAUCCCUCUACGACCUCAUUCGCGGCAUCCGCUCCCACACCCCAAACCACCACCCCUACAUCCUCCGCUCCCUCUCCGAAGCCCGCACAGAAACCCGCUCAACAUCCCUUUCCACCAAAACCGAAGCAGUGUUGAAGUUGGUGUAUCUGCAGAUGUUGGGGUAUGAUGUCGGGUGGAGCUCGUUUGCGAUUGUGGAGGUGAUGAGUAGUACGAGGUAUAAGGAGAAGAGGGUUGGGUAUUUGGGUGCCGUGGAGGUUUUUAGGGAGGGGACGGAUGUGUUGAUGCUCACAACCAACCUCAUCAAAAAAGACCUGAGCUCAUCCAACCCAAUGGAAGUCUCCCUAGCCAUAAACGCACUCUCCCACCUCUCCUCCUCCUCCCUGUCAACCGACCUCUUCCCCGACCUCCUCUCCCUCCUCUCCCACUCCCGCCCUCAAAUCCGAAAACGCGCUCUCCUAGCUCUCUACCGCCUCAUCCUCUCCUCCUCCACCUCCUCAUACCUCCGCACAGCAUGGCCACGCAUCAAAGAACGAUUGGAGGAUGAGGAUGGGAGUGUGGUGGGCGCGGCUGUUCAGGUCGUUUGUGAGCUUGCGCAGAAGAGUGGGGAGGGCGGACGGAGGGAGUGGUUGGAUUGUGCGCCGGUUAUGUAUGGGCUUUUGAGGGGGAGUGAGAAUAAUUGGAUGUUGAUUAAGAUUGUCAAACUCUUUGCGAGCCUGAUGCCCCUCGAGCCCCGCCUCAUCAAGAAACUCUACGGACCACUAACGACUUUGAUCAAAACUACUCCGGCGAUGAGUUUGUUGUAUGAGUGUAUACAUACCGCGAUUGUGGGGGGGAUGCUGGAUGCGAGGGAUGAAGCGGCGGAUGAGUUGGCGGAACUGUGUACCAGUAAACUCCGGACAUUUUUCGAGGAUGGUGAUCAGAACUUGAAGUACCUCGCGCUAUAUGCAAUGUCAAAAAUGACGACUCUAUACCCAGCCCUCGUCGCAGAACACACAGACGUAAUCCUUGGCUGCGUCGAUGACAGCGACAUCUCCAUCCGUCUCCGCGCCCUCGAAUUAGUCUCGGGGAUGGCAUCCCUCCGUACCCUCCCCGACAUCGUCAAACGCCUCAUGUUACAACUCCUCCCCACGUACUCCACUCCCCUACCAAUGCAUUAUUGGGUAGAAGUUGUGGAGAGGGUACUGGAGAUGUGUAUGAGGAAUGGGUAUGAGAAUGUAGGGAAUUUCGAGUGGUAUGUCGCCGUCUUGAUUGAUUUAGCGAAGAUUGCAAAAGUCGACGUCGGGGGUUUGUUGGGUGCUGAGAUGCGGAAUGUGUGUGUUCGGGUUAGGAAUGUGAGGGGCGUUGCGGUGGAGGGGAUGUCUGCACUCGUCGCGGAUCGUGGACAAUAUCGGGACGGAGACGGAGUCGGGCCGGAGGUGUUGGGUGCCGCGGCAUGGGUGUGCGGUGAGUAUUCCCCCUACCUCCUCGAACAAAACCGCGCACUCGAUGUCUUGGACACCCUCCUCUCUCCCGCCCCACACGCACUCCCCGCACUGCAACAAGCAGUGUUCAUCACCUCCAUUCUCAAAAUCUACACACGCUACGUCUCGACCCCACGCGAAUGGAACCCAGCAUGGAAGAGCGAGGUGGAGUUGUGGACUGCGAAGGUGUUGGGGGCGGUUGAGGGGUAUGUGAGGAGUGGGGAUGUUGAGGUCCAGGGGAGGAGUGUGGAGGGGUGUGCGUUGUUGAGGGUUGCGUUGGAGCAUGUGCAUAAUGCGCCCGCUCGCAAAUCUGGGUACGACAGUCUUGAGAGGGAUGAGGGGACGGAUGCGUUUGCGGCUGUUAGUGAUGGUGAGAAGGAGGAGGGUGGGGGAGAGGGUCUGCCGAGGUUUGUGGGUGAGGUGUUGGUGGGGUUGUUUGGUGGGUAUGAACUCAAUCCCGUCGCGCAGACUGCACAGAGUCGCGUCCCCGUCCCGCAGGAGUUGGAUUUGGAUGGCUGGAUUGGUGAGGCAUGGUCCCUCGAACCCCCUGAACUGGUGCAAGACGAUGAUGACGAGGAGUCGUACUACGAAGACCCACGUUCCGCAGCCGUCGUCGUCGACAAGGGUUCACCCCACGAAGAUGAAGGGAUCACUAAAGAGGAACGGGAGCGGCGUGCGGCGGAGAGGAGGGAGAGGUUAAAGGAUGAUCCAUUCUAUAUCCCGACUGCAGCUGCCGCGAAUACGGGGUUGUUGAGUGAUCAGGCGAGGGGGGAGUAUUUUGAUGUUGACUCGAUUCCGAUUGUGGAGUUGAGUUUGGAGGAUGUGGAGCACGAGGGGAAGAAGGAGAAGAAGGUGAGGAGGAAGAAGAGGGGGCAUCAGAGUCCGGAGCGGCAGGAGGUGCAGAUGGUGGAGGAGGAAAUGCCAGAGGGAUACGAACCCGAACACGCAUCCACACCCUCAACCUCCACUCGUUCUUCGCGCCCCACCACACAAGCCCAGAAAAGCCUGUUCGCAUUCGACACCUCCCGUCUAAAAUCCCUCGACUUUGCAAAAGAAGACGAAGAAGAAAUCGAAGCAGAACGACUCCGUCUCGAACGCGAACGUGCGGAACGGAGACGGGUUGCGAAGGAGAGGGCGAUGGCUGCGGCGGCGGCGGCGCAGCCGACUGUUGUGGCGGUUGUGCCGGAUGUUGUUGAGGUUACGCGGAAGAAGGGGAAGAAGAAGGGGAAGACCGGAAAGGGGAAGGUGGGGGAGGGUGUGGAAGGUGGGGAGGGGGAGAAGAAGAAGAGCAGAAAGAAGAGGGUUGUGGUGGAGGAGGGAGGGGAGGAGGUUGAGGUGUAACGUGAGGAGUCUCGUUAGAGCAGCAUAGGAAUGCAAGUACUGGUAUUUCAGACAUCGUUUGAUAUAUACGGUAUAACUAACGCC